CAAUAUUAAAUAUUGUCAUCAGUAGAACUUGAAGUAGCCGCAGUUACAAAAAUGGAGAAAAUUUCAAAAAUCGCAAAACUUUAUCGGGAGUUCAAUCUCGAAUCCGACUAUUUCUAUAUGUUGGAUUCUACUAUUGUUAUCAUGGAGUAUACACCACCGACAACAGGGAACCCCAAAACUCGGUUCUUCUGGGCGGUCAUCAAAGUUAUUCUGGUGAUUCUGUUCGUGUGUUUCUCCUACGAAGAAUAUCUGGUCACGACCAGAAUGUGGGAGAAUAUCGACAAUUUUAUAUUCUUCACUGAUCUUUACUGCAUGGCGUUGAUUUCGUUCAUGCGAAGUGUGUUUUUUGCCUAUCAUGAUCGCGAAUUGGCGCAACUAAAGAGAUAUCUCAAUUCCAAGGUCUGCAAACGGGACGAUCCGCAUGCUUUUGAGUUGCGCAAGAAAUGCUACCAGAAGAAUAAUAAAAUAUUGCUGGUAGUCUUGUCCUGGACAAUGUUCAACGCUUCGCUUUGGACUUUGAGUAAUGUAGUGUUCAAUAUCGAGGUGUUUUGUUUCCCUUUUGCGCGAGAGCAACUUCCCCGAGGUUGGCUUCUGGCACUAGAAGUUUUGUACGGUACAUUAAUUGUGGUUUGGGCACAAACCUACUGGAUGGGUAUUACGAAGUAUUCGCUGAUUUUGAGCACCAUGCACGAUGAGUUGCAGGUCAUAGUUUGGCAAUUUGAAAGUCUGUUCGAAAAAGUUGCCUCAAAAUAUAUUUUGGAAGCCCAAGAACUUUCACUGAUGGAUAACCGAAUGAAGGAUUCGUAUUGGAAGGACUUGAGUGAUGCCGUCACAGAAGCUGUUCAUCAUCACUCGGAGUUUAUUAGAUAUUAUGGUCUGUUGGCGGAUAUUUCAAGUGCAAAUUUAUUCAUUCUGUUAACGGCGAGUACCAUUCUUUUCACCAUAAAUCUGUUCAUGUUUAUGCUUACAAUGGAUUUUCAAGCCCUGGAUUUGGGAUGGGUAUGUUUGGUCGAAUCGUUCGUCUAUACAAUGUUGUAUGAAGCGAUUAGUCAGGAGCACAAUAGAAUCGUUCAUUUUGCCUACGGUGCCGAUUGGUUGAGUUCCGUUAGCAGGACCAGCGAGCACCAGAAACGUUGCUACAAUUCAAUAAAGCAGAACAUUUUGCUCCUUCAGCUACAAGUCAAUGGGGGAUUGGAAACUAAGGCCGGCGGAGCUAUUUCGAUGAGCCGUGAAACUUUCUACGAGCUGAUGAAAAUGGCUUACUCCAUGUUGACGUUCUUGUUGCAACUAAAAGAAUAAGUUUAGUGCAGGCGACUCUGAA